AUAAAACCGAUACCAAAUGUCAACUUAGGACGAACAUGAACGUGUUUGUGUGUUCUCCUAAUUGCCACGAAUGGUGGCUUUGUAUCUUCUUGACUGAGGAGUGACCCUUUGUUGGGAAACGCUUAACCCUUCCUUUCGCACAUUCAUAUUCACAUCGCAACCAUGUCGACCGUCGUAUUGGAAACCUCGAUGGGAGAGAUCACCAUCGAACUGUACACAGAGCACGCGCCAAAGACAUGCAAGAACUUUUAUGAACUGGCUAGGAAAGGAUACUACAAUGAUGUUGUCUUUCAUCGCGUCAUCCCAGACUUCAUGAUCCAAGGCGGCGAUCCAACAGGCACUGGUCGUGGAGGCUCCUCCAUCUAUGGUGACAAGUUUGCAGACGAAUUUCACCCAGCACUCAAACACACAGGAGCAGGGAUCUUGAGUAUGGCCAACUCAGGACCGAACACAAACGGAUCACAAUUUUUCAUCACUCUGGCUCCCACGCCAUGGCUCGACAACAAACACACGAUCUUUGGAAGGGUUUCAGGUGGAAUCAAAGUUGUCAGCCGGAUGGGUCUUGUAGCAACAGAUGCAAGUGAUCGACCCAAGGAGGCUGUCAAGAUCAUUCGAGCUAGAGUCGAAUAGAGCAGGACAGAAAAGAGAGAGACAUGUGUCAUUCGCUACGCUUUUACCAUGUGCUGGACAAGGAUCUAUGCAAUAAAUUGGCGCACGUUCGAAACAUA